AUGACCCUCAGGCCACCACAGACUCCCAUGGAGAUCCUGUCGCCUCCCAAAUCAGGCAAGAAAGUGGCCGCCGCGCCCUUUCCAGCUUCCAAGCCGGGUGCUGGCAAGAAGCAGGCUAAGAACCCUCUCAUCGAGCGCCGCCCCCGCAACUUCGGUAUCGGCCAGGACAUCCAACCCAAACGCAACCUCUCGCGCAUGGUAAAAUGGCCGGAGUAUGUCCGCCUUCAACGCCAACGCAAGAUCCUCAACAUGCGCCUCAAAGUCCCGCCUGCGAUUGCGCAAUUCCAGCACACCCUCGACCGCAACACCGCCGCGCAGCUCUUCAAGUUCCUUAACAAGUACCGACCUGAGACCAAGGCGGAGAAGAAGGAGCGUCUGCUCAAGGAGGCCUCUGCCGUCGCCGAGGGCAAGAAGAAGGAGGAUGUCAGCAAGAAGCCUUACGCCGUCAAGUACGGGCUCAACCACGUCGUUGCUCUCAUCGAGUCCAAGAAGACUGCGCUCGUCAUCAUCCCCAACGAUGUUGACCCCAUCGAGCUCGUCGUCUUCCUGCCCGCGCUGUGCCGCAAGAUGGGUGUCCCGUACGCCAUCGUGAAGGGCAAGGCCCGAACCGGCACUGUCGUUCACAAGAAGACUGCCGCCGCUCUCGCCAUCACGGAGGUGCGCAAGGAGGACGAGUCGGAGCUGUCGAAGAUCGUGUCGGCGGUCAAGGAGGGCUACUUGGAGAAGAACGAGGAGUCAAGACGUCACUGGGGUGGUGGUAUCAUGGGCGCCAAGGCACAGGCCCGUGAGAGGAAGAAGAAGGAGCGGGCCGACCGUGAAAUCAAGAUCUAA